UUCACCAACGCCAAAACAUGGCUUGGACCAAUAGUUUUGCCAUCUUGUGGCUCUCAUUUCUUAUUAUACUUCCUGCCAACGUCAGUUCAAAUGAAACUGUUCCACGCUCGAUCAGCAAUGAUAUCGAUCCGUCCUACGUAGUCAACCACUUCCUCAGCUACGAUGAGACGAACGAUUUCAUGCACAAGCUUGCCGAACUGUUUCCGUCUAAAGUAAAAGUCGAACAACUUGGUGUGACGAGCGAGAAUCGAGCAAUCAACAUGCUCGUCAUCAACUAUCUCCUGCAGAGGACCGUUAUCCUUGUAGCGAAUUUACAGUCUGAAGAAUGGGCGGCCAUGACGUCGACCAUCUACAUCACCGAGCAGCUGCUCUACAACGUCGAACAGUACCCUGACCUAUCCCAGUUCCGGUGGAUGAUCAUUCCGAUAUCGAAUCCGGAUGGGUACGAGUACACCAGGGAAUACGAUCGCUACUGGAACAAGAAUCGAUCGCCACAGCUUGGUGGAUCGUUCGGUGUCGAUUUGAACGCGAACUUUGGGUACAUGUGGGGAGAGAACGAACAGCCGAUAGACCCGUCUGAUCGAUUGUACAACGGGCCGAUUGCUUUUUCCGAGGCGGAAACUGUCGCAAUCAGUGGACUUAUGCAGGAAAUGGCUGAAAGGGUAGUUUUGUUCGUGGAUAUGCAUACGUUUGGCAAUCAUAUAUUCCAUCCGUGGGCCUCCACACUGGAUGAAGCUCCUAAUGCACUAACGGUGGAAGCUGUGGCCGUUGCUGGAGCGGAAGCUAUUCGGGUAAAGUUUGGUGAACAGUACACGGUUGGAACGCCUGCGUUAUUGCUAGAAAAGGUUUACGGAACCUGUCUGGAUUACUGUCAAUCGCUGGGUAUCCACGUGUGUCUGUGGUUUGAGCUCACCAACAAUGGCCACAUAUUUGAACCGGAUAAGAUUGUACUGUACGGAAAUCAGGCAUGGACAGCAAUCAAGGAGAUGGUGUUGAGGGCUAAUGAUACCUACGAGCAUUGACAUUCAUUUACACGAAAAUAAAUAAAACUCUACCACAUUCAG